AUGGGGAGGUCGGGGCGUCCGAAAAAGACGGUGUCGCCGCCUGCAUCUACCAAAUCUCCAUUCUCGCAAGCACCUCUAGUUCCACUUGUGUCUCCUCUCACGAUUGGGCAGGAUGCACCGAUUGAGAACACCUGUCAAAAUUUAGGUCAUAAUUGUGCAAAACCCAAGGGUCAGGUGAAGCAUUGGAAGCCUAAGGCCAAACUUCCUGCAGAAUCAAGCCCUACUGAUGUUGCUGAGGGUAGCACUUUUGCACCAGUUCCCCAUAUGGUGCCAAUGUUUCCUGUUGAUGAAGGUAAAUGGUCUGUAGCAAAAAGGGGGAAGGACAAGGGUAAGAUGCAAUCUAAUGAUGUCCCUCCUGCUAAAAUUUUCCGUGAUAACGGAUUUGAUGCUUUGGAAAUUUUGGAUGAUCUGCUUGAGCUCCAAAAUCUUGGUUAA